AUGACGGCACGAAUGAGGAUGGAGGAGGACCGGAGUCACGUGACUGAGAAGAUACUAAACCUCACCCUGGAGAUCAUCUACCUGCUGACCGGAGAGAGUUUGCCUCCAAUAAAGUUUGGUGACCGUGUGACCAUCACAGUGCCUCCACCUUACUCACUGACCCCUGAGAGACACAACAUUGACAAGAUUCUAGAAUUCACCAAGAAGAUUGUUCAGCUGCUGAUGGGAGAAGUGAAUGGGACUGCGAAUUAUGGAACUGUAUCUACUAAGAAGAAGUGGGAGUAUUUAGAAGGACACAAGGAUCUCUACAAGGACGUUAUGAUGGAGAAUCAGCCGCCCCUCACAGCUCAUGUUCCUGCCUUCCUCAACCUCAUCCUUAAGAACCAACAUCAGAAACAAGUUGAAGAUCUGAUAGUGAUAAAAGUUGAGGUUGAAGAAGAAGAGACGUAUAGUGAAUACCUGAGAGAUUCUAACGUUGAUAUUAAAGAAGAGAUAAAAGAGGAGGAUGGAGUGAUGAAGGAAUCCAUCAAUCUAAAAGAUCUGUACCAGGACACCUUGCCUGAGGAACCUCAGACUGUGCGGGACGGUGCCGUCCUUCCAACAUUUAAGAGGUUUUCCUGUACUGAGUGUGGGAAGUUUUUUAGAUUGCAAAUUAGUCUUUAUGAACAUAAAAGAUCACACACGGGUGAGAAACCAUAUUCCUGCCCUGAGUGCGGGAAGUGUUUCAGAUUUAAAUCCAGUUUUUAUGAGCAUAAAAGAUCUCACACAGGUGAGAAGCCGUAUCCCUGUUCUGAAUGCGGAAAAUGUUAUUCAAGGAUUUCACAUCUUUACAGACAUCAGAAAGAUCACACAGGUGAUAAGCCAUAUUCCUGUUCUGAGUGCGGGAAAUUGUAUGUACAAAAAUCAGAACUUGUCAUACAUGAGAGGUCUCAUACGGGUGAGAAGCCGUAUUCCUGUCCUGAGUGUGGGAAAAGUUUUCCUGACAAGUCCGGUCUUUACAGACAUCGGAGAGUGCAUGUAGAUGAUAAGCCAUAUUCCUGUCCUGACUGCGGGAAAUGUUUUUCAAGAAUUUCAGAUCUUUACAGACAUCAGAAAUUGCACACAGGUGAGAAGCCGCAUUCCUGUCCCGAGUGCGGGAAAUGUUUUGUACAAAAAUCACAGCUGGUCAGACAUCAAAGUUCUCACACGGGAGACAAGCCAUAUUCUUGUUCGGAGUGCGGGAAAUGUUUUUCAAGGAAGUCGCAUCUUUACAGACAUCAGAUAUCGCACACAGGUGAGAAGCCGUAUUCUUGUCCUGAGUGCGGGAAAUGUUUUUCACAGAAGUCCAAUCUUUACACUCAUCAGAGAUCUCACACGGGGGAAAGGCCAUUUCCCUGUACUGAGUGUGGGAAAUGUUUUGUACAAAAAGCAGAACUGGUCAGACAUCAAACAUCUCACACGGGGGUAAAGCCACAUUCCUGUCUUGAGUGCGGGAAAUGUUUUUCAAGGAAGUCACAUCUUUACAGACAUCAGAAAGUGCACAUGAGGGAGAAGCCAUAUUCCUCAGCGGGGGCAGAGAAAUUUGCCUGCUAUAGUCUACAUCUUGUGGUGUGCUACUGCCAGAUGUGCUACAAGGACUUGUGA